UUGCCGCUUUUCAAAAAGUUUCGUCUCUGGAAGGCCUUUAUUCGCUGGCGAAAGGUCAUCCGCUAUGCAAAGAUGGUGCACUGUCGCCGUUUCCUUGAGACUCACCUCUUCAUUGCCAACUCAGCCUUACGUCCGGCCCUGCUGAAUGUACGCGAAAUGUGCUACGCCAUCGGCGGUAUGACUCUGUGCAAAAUGGAACAGGGCAGAACCUACACUUUGCUAGAUUUUCUCACUACUCAAGUCGAUCAACUAUCUGAAGUCAGUAUACGUCUGAAGGAAUUCCAUCACCUCAUCAGAGAGGUCAUUCGGAGUGCCUGUCGAACUGCCCUGCUCGAGUAUGGAUUUAUGCCGGAUGACUAUUUGCAAGACGAAAGUGACCUGCCGCUUACAGUCGGCCGGAAUCUGUACGAUGUCGACGAACUAAUCGAUGCCUGUAAAUUGGGCGCCAAGCGUCUCCAGCUGCCACCAAUCCCCUACGAUGCUGAUCACCCGUUGGUUGGCUCAGCAAUGAAACCCGUGGCCUUGGCGUUAAAACAGUUAAAGAACCAUCGCUGCAAACUGGAGCGGCGUUGUGACAAGAUUAAAAGCCGUAAACUGCCCGCGUUUGUGUUCGAACAACCGGGUGCCAGGGCUAGCUGUUUCCUGAAUUGCCCAGAGACCGACCAAUUCUCGGAUUCUUCGGAGAAGAUGUCCUUCACAGAACAGGCAAAUAAGAGGAACAAAUGCAAGCGUUUGACAUGGUAG